GCUGCUCACUGGGCUCUGUCAGUUCUCAAGCGGAGCUGGGGCUUGGAUAUUAUAUUAUACGCUGCUCAGCAGUGUGUUCUCACUCUGGCUGGGCAGAAACUUUCCACAGCUAAGUGGGGAAAGGGUGGGGAAGAACAACUGUCCUGAGGACACCCCUCACUUGCAGGAUAUGGAGGGCAGACCAGCAGAGACCAAGCCAGAGGUGGAGAAGUCAGCAUCCCUAUCUGUGGCUCAGCUGGCAGGAAAGUUCAAGGAGCAAGCAGCCAGCGUUUCUGGAAAGGAGGUACCAGCCAAUAAACCAACCCGGAGGAAACCACCUUGCUCCCUUCCCCUACACACCCAAAAGGUGGAGCUGGGCCACAAUGGGGAGACGAAGCCGUCUCCAAAUGCUUGUCCCCUUCCCAGGGUCAAGGUGAAAAGCUCUCCCCUGAUUGAAAAACUGCAGGCCAAUCUGGCAUUUGCUCCAGCUGCCCUGGUGCCAGGAACAUCUCCAAAAAGCCCAGGUCUGAAAGUCAUACCAUCUCCCUUUAGCACUCCCCCUUCAACUCCCAGCAGCCCCGGCAUCCAGUCCCGUUCCAGUGAAUCGGAUGAGACACCAGUCAGUUUUGAUCAACCACCAGAGGGCACUCACCUGAAGUUUUAUAACAAGGUGCGGACACGGGGGUCACUGAAGCGCAGACCCCCCUCCAGGAAAUUCCGAAAGUCUCAGUCCGACUCCGGAGAUGGUGAAGAUUUAAGGGUAACUGGAUCAUCUCAAGAAAAUGGGGCCAAGGAAGAGGAUGGUGAUGAGGUAUUCAUGCCUAAGAGUCAGAAAGAGGAGUUGCAGUCACCUGUGUAUGGAACAGGCAGUAAACUGAUGCAGAAACGGAUAGGAUCCAAUGAAAAGCCACCCUCAGGGAGAGGGUCCAGCAGCACAGAAAACAAAGAGGAGAGAGAAAAAGAAACAGAGGCAGUGAAACCAUGCAAGAGCAGCACAGGAGAUAAGGAGAAGCCCUGCGCAAGCACUCCAGGGGAGGAAGAGAGGAAGUCAUCCCAGAGCACCCCAGAGGAGAAGCCAUGCCCAAGUACCAUGGGAGAUAAGGAUAAGAAGCUGUGCCAGAACACCCCAGGGGAUAAGGAAGGGAACACCCUGGGGGAAAGGGAGGAUGGCAGUGCCUCUGAACAGGAAAAAAGGAACAAAGAAAAUAAAGAGGUGAAGAAGGAAGAAAACAGUGAGGGCAAAGACACACAGGAAACAUCAGACACCCAGGAAAAGUCCCUGGAGACGGGGAUGCCGCAGCCGGCAGCAGACACAGGAACUGCCAGGUUCAAAAUGGAUGUACUGGCUGACUCUUCUUGGGGUAUAUUGAGCAACUUCAUGGCCAUGUCUAGAGACCUGAUGCACAGUAGCUUGGGCAUGACAAUCACCACCGUUUUUGGGCCCAAUGUUCACCAUUACAGCGAAGUUCCAAAUUUUGUUUGCUCCCCCAUGUUGGACUUUGAUGCAAUUUAUCAGUUUUGGACAUAUAUAAGUUGUGCCUUUUUAAAUAGCUUCCUUUUGAAAUAUUUUCAGUUUUCAAAUGCAAGUAAAUUAAGUUUUUAGAAGUACGGGGAAAUAAUUUUCUCUCCAAAUAUAUAUAUGCUUUAUGGCAGACAAUGUGAAUCCUAAAUCUGGAGAAGAUCAUUUUUAAAUGGUUUAUACGACAUCUUUGAUGAAUAUCUACUUGGACUAGUGUUGGGCUGGCAAAUAUGUAUUUGAAACACGUACAAGCUAAAGAUUAUUUUUCUGUAAGAUUUUUUUGUGUGUUUUUUUCGUGUUGGUGAGAAGUAGCAACUGAAGUACCAUAUCCACAGAACACUUACAGCAUCUGAAGUAAUACUGCAAGCUUUCCUCACACUACUCCACCACUGUAUUCAACUGUUACUUGGAAGAAUCAAGUGUAAGUCAGUUGUCAUGACGUCUUUGGACUCUACUGAGACUACCAACAAGUGGCCAGUUAGAACCACUUUUAAUUUUUUGUGAUAUAGACACUUGUUUACUGCAAACUGGACUGAAAUAACCUAUUCAUUUCAUGUAAGCCAGUGAACAACCUGUGUAUGAUUGAGUUUCACUUACUAUGGAGUGGUGGGCAACCUGCGGCCAACAGGCCACACGUGGCCCGUUAGGGUAAUCCGCUGGUGGGCUGCCAGACUGUUUGUUUACAUUUGCACAGUGGCCCACAGCUCCCAGUGGCCAUGGCUCACCUACGGCCUAGGCUGAAUUCGAAUUGGUGAACUACCAUCCCAUGAAAAAUUUAUUUUAAAGAGCCAGGUUCUCUCCUUAGAGUGGGGGUUCUCAGACUGGGGGUUGUGACCCCCUCAGAGGGUCGGGAGGUUAUUACGAGGGGGUCAUGAGCUGUCAGCCAUGUGCAGGGUUGACAGCCCAAGCCCUGCCAGCCCAACUCCAUCCCCAACCCCGCUCCAGCAUUUAAAAGAGUGUUAAAUAUAAAAUCGUGUUUUUUUUUAAUUUAUAAGGAGGGUCCCACUUAGAGGCUUGCUGUGUGAAGGGGGUCACCAAUACAAAAAGUUUGAAAACCAAUGCCUUUGAGCAUUUAGAGGGAGUGUUUGAAAGGACUGGAUAACAGGAGAAGUACUCAGAUACUAUGGUGAUGAGACCAUAUAAGUGCUUGGAGCUGGCAUUUAGGGUUCUGUUAGAACUUUCAAAGGACUAGCUGGCUCAGAGGACUAGUUGUGGAUGGGCUAUGGAGCUAUUCGCGUCCAGAUUGCAUUAGCUAUUGAUUAGUCUACAUUAAAUGAGUUUGGGGGAGUAUCACAAUCCUAUUCCUGAUGGACAGGUGUCCACAUCACUAAAACCACCAACACAUUCUCUGACACCCGACAACGUCCCCGACCCGACAGUAUCAUUGAAGAGGCCAAAGACUGAAAGGGCCAUGGAGACUGAACUCCCUUUCAUCUUUGCAGCAGCUGACCCAGGACAGGGGUUAGACACACUGGCAAGGCAGAGAGUGAUAGAACCUGGUUCUGCUGCUGCCUGUGCUGCACCUGCUCUGUGGAUGGAGAUCUAUGAGGCAGAGGGUCAUUCUGUUCUGUGUUUGUACAGAGCCUAGCACAAUGGGGUCCUAAAUCCAUGAUUGGGGGUCCUAGGCACUACAGCUAUACAAAUAAAUAAUAUCCUAUGUGUCACCUUUUACCUGUAUUAAAUUCACAAAAAGACAAAUGGAUUUAUGUUCUAGUUAAUGUCUCCUGCCUUCCAUCCUCCCAGAUGAAAGCACUAAGAUAUUGUUCAUUCAAAACCAGUGAAAAGUGACUGGUAUUGCCAUUUGUACCUAGAAGAGGUUUCUCAGCAUAUGCAACCCCCACACCCUCUCUGAGUCAUGUCAGCAAGUGUCAUCUUUGAAAUACAUUUUAAUCUGUUUGCUUGAGCUUGUAUCCCAGGUCAGGCUGCAGUCAUCACUGUAACAUUUUUUUUCUCAGCUGAUGUAUCUGGACGUAUGUGAUUGUGCAUUUCUGUAUAUAUGAGUGUGCAUGUUUAGAGAAUGUGUGUGCUGGCCUAGGGGGUGGAAUUUGUCCUCCCUCACCUUGAAAAUAUAAUGGGAAAACAGAGGAAAUAAAAUAGUGGAGUUGAA